AGUUUGGUCUCUUCCUCCCGCUCGGCCUCCCGUUCCCGAGCCCUCUCACGAAGCCUGAGCCGGGGGCGCCGGACUCUCUCCAGUCUCGGCCGCGCCUCGCCCAGACCGCAACUGGCUUUUUACCUUCAAUGUCAAAUUGUACCCAUCAUGUGCUUCUCAGAUGACUGAGAGUAUCACCAGAUACUUCCUACGCCUCCAGAUCCAGGUAGACAUUGUUUCUGGGGGCCUGACCUGUCCCCCUGUGACUCGUGCAUUCCUGGAAUCCUACACCAUCCAGGCAGAACGUGGAAAAUAUGUGGCUGAUGAGGACAUCAACAAAAUCAAGCCACAUACUGAUUUUUAUUUUGGGUCCAUUAACACCGAGGAGAUGAAGGACUUGCUGGUGAAUUUCUACAAAGCACAUAUUCGCAUAGCUUCAGCAGAAGCUGAUUAUCAGUUCAUAGAGCACGCCAGGGGACUGCCUAUGUACAGCGUUCAUCUGCAUGAGGCCAAGGCUGGAGCAGGCACCUAAAGCCAGAUUUCUCACCUGGUCCAAAUUUCAGUACAGUGGCCGGACCCUGGCACAGGUCUGCCUGGCAAACGCCUUCAUCUGCUGGGAAACACCAAAGGUUAAGCGUACUCCUCCCAUGUACAUCUAUGCACCUUUCAUUGAAGAUGAAAUCGGUCCUUUGGACAAGUGCUAUGAAGGACGUUCCUGGAGAGAUAACAUCAAAUGGCCCUGGCGUCGUCAUCAUUGCCAUCGUAUGACACAGGGCCAGCAGAAAGACACCAAGAGGACUAAAGUCCUGCACUUUUUGAAAGGUGCAAAAACUGAGGAGGAAAGACAGUGAGUAAUGUGCCCAGGUGAAGCAGGAACUGGGGCAGCUGUUGUUUUAAACCAGGCAUUGUGGCUCCAGAUGCUGCCUCUCUGAACUACCAAAGAAGUCCAUGAUCCCGCUUUACAUGUGAAACCUAAAGGCCGAGAUUUAGUUCCAAGGGAUCAAACAGAAAAAUG